UGGAAACUCCGACGUCAACGCCUUUCUCAGCCGUUCUUCCUAUUUCGGUUCCCUGUGUGGCCGUUACCGUCGCCACCGGCCAAUGCUCAUUCCUACUGCCCUCAACGCCCUCAAAUCCUCAAGGUCAAUAUCUUGGUCGCCGACGGGUAGGUUCCAGCAAACCUUGGCGGGAUGUCUGGAGCUGAGUGGGAUAUCUCUGCAUUCAGGGAAGGUUUCGAAAGUGAAGUUAUGUCCGGAAUUUGCAGGCAGAGGGAGGUAUUUUGAUUUCAAGUCCAACUUCAUUCCUGCCUCGAUCGAUUAUGCUGAAGAGUCGUCUCUUUGUACGACGCUCUCUAAGGAUGGGUUUAAAAUUCGAACUGUUGAGCAUUUGCUUUCUGCCCUGGAGGCCAUGGGGGUUGACAAUUGUAGGAUUGAGAUAGCGAAUGAAGACGCUAAAGACAGUGAAGUCGAGGUUCCAAUUUUGGAUGGAUCUGCGUGUAAAUGGGUGGAUGCAAUAGAGGAGGUUGGUCUUAAGUUGGCUAUAGACCAGCGUGGCAACUGCUGUGAAAAAAUGGCACCAUAUGUAAAUCAACCUGUCUAUGCGUGGAGGAAUGACUGUUAUCUUGUUGCUUUUCCAGCCUCAGCAGUUCGUAUUACUUAUGGAAUUGACUUUCCUCAGGUGCCUGGCAUUGGCUGCCAAUGGUUUUCUACUGCUCCUUUGGACAAUAUGUUCUAUGCCGAGCAAAUAGCUCCAUCAAGAACCUUUUGCAUUUACGAGGAGGUAGAGCAAAUGCGUAAUAUGGGGCUCAUAAGAGGAGGCUCAAUAGAAAAUGCUUUAGUUUGCAGUGUCAGUAAAGGUUGGAUCAAUCCCCCAUUGCGUUUCCAUGAUGAACCUUGUCGCCACAAGGUUUUAGAUUUCAUUGGUGAUAUCUCACUUUUUGCACGGUUAGGCAGUCAAGGGCUUCCGGUGGCACACAUAGUGGUUUACAAGGUAAGUUCUUUGUGAUUUACCUCUCUAAUGUGUGGUCAUUACAUAUAGGAUUACACUACCAAUCAGAUAAUAAGAAUUCGUUGGAGCACAAUCUGAACUUGUUUUGUUUUUUUAUUACGUGGAUACCUUUUAUUUAUUCCUCAAGCAUGUUGUUGCCUGCAUUAUAAGAGCCAGGUAUCUUUUGAUGAUUAUUAACAAUUGAAAGACUCUUCUUGAUUAGCUCUUCUGGAGGGGGUAAUCUCAACCCUCCCUUGUCGUCAGAUUGUUUUUGGUUUCUCUUGAUGGACAUACACAUCUCUGUUUCUUACAAAUAUGUGUGUGUGUUUGUGUAAGGGAAAGGUAUAUUCUCAGUCUCCUUGCUCUAUUAUGUCUUUCUUUGUCCCUUGCCCUUUUUGUAUAUAUUUGUAUAUAUUGAUGACGAACCCUAGUAUUUAGUUUCUCUUGGCGCAUCACAUGAUAGAAAUUUAUGAAUUUGGCGAUCAAAUAUAUUCUAUUGUUUCUUUAGUUCUCUAAUAAGUUCUUGCCUUGUUGUGAUUUGUUAAUGUCAUGCCCUCAAUUAACAUCCAUUUUGCUACUAUGCCAUUUCACUUUGUUUCCAGAAGCUGCAUCAAAUCUAAAAAGUGCUUAUUUGAGGGUGUGCCAUGACUUUCUCAUUUGAACCUUUAGUUCCCAUAGCAAAUCCUUGUCUUAGUUAUUCAAAUGUUGUUUUUGUGACUGGUGGACAUAUAGACGGAGGUUAUGUAAAUGUGAGCAUUGCUUUUUUGAACUACUUGAAUUUUUCUGCUGAAAAGUUCGAGAGGGAUUUGGUGAUGUUCUUUGUUAGGGAGAACUGUUAAAACGAUUGUAUUUGAGCAGAUUGUGUAGAGGGUUGAGAGUUUUAAAUGAUGUGUCAUUUGGGGAAAUAUUAUGGACACUAUAAAAGGUUGGAUCAAAUCGGAAAUACCAGUUCAAGAAAAUGUGUCCAAAUUUCUGACGUAAUUGACUAGGGGGUGCAAAUUGGUCGGCUGACAUUGUUUUGGGCUCAAACCAACACUCAUCCCUGACGUGUCAAUUUUGGUCAAUUGGAGUCCUGAAACUUUCUAACCUUUGUACAAAUUGACCAUUCUCGGUCAGUUGGUUUUGAUCGGAUUUUGGUGGAUGCUAAAGAAAGAGUAGAUUAUCAUAGUUGUGUGGCUAAAAAUGUCGAGAUGCAGCUAUAGGAGAGAGUUAAAGAACAUAUUAUUUGUCUUCUUUCUUGUCAUUAGGAAGUUUUUAAUCUUCAUUUUGCUCAAGAAAAAAGAACAGUGGAGCAUUGUGUUAAUUCUAAAGGUUUUUUUUCCCUUGGUUAAUCUUGCUACUCAAAGAUUCAUCCAAAGGAAGGUAGUUCUUUUGACCAAUAAAGAGGAAUGAGCCUGAUGAGUUGACCAAUCCCUAUUUAGGUCGUCUUUUUACCAAGGGUGGUCAUUCCAUGCAUGCCAAUUUUGUUCGCCGCUUAUCGGAAAACAUUUGAGUAGACAAGUAGCUGUCUUUGCUUGCAGAAGUGUAAACAUAUUCUGCAAUUGAGGUAAUUAAGUAUUUGAAAUUUCUCCUCCGGUUGCUUGACAGAUGAAACAUUCUGCUGUAAUUUGGGAAAAUAGUUGUGUAAAAUCUGUAAGAACGAUCAACGGAUAGGAUUCGUCACAAUUGCAGUAAUUUCAUAUACUAGAUCGUAUGUUGGAGGAAGUUUUUGUAUUCUUUUAAGCCACAAAUCCAAAUGAGGUGAAGAUUGAUUUAUGUUUUCAUCUUAAUGUUGUUUUCUAGUAAAUCCUUAACAGGAUAGAUGAAUAACUACUUGGCUUUUAUCUUCUAGUAUAAAUUUGCCUAAAUGGAAAGAAUAGAUAGAAAAAAUUGGAUCAGAUCAUACGUCUGUAUGGUAUAAAUUACUCACCCUGCUGAUGGUUUAAUCUGUGUACGAAGAGUUGGCUGAUCCAGUGGCAGCCUAUGUGGUUGACCCUACACUUCGUAAUUUUUCAUAUUCCUUGAAACUGUUGGACAUGCAUUGGAUUCAUAAGCUAAAUACAUACACCUUGCAUUAAUUUGCAACAUCAUCCUUCUCCAACCUCAUGAUUUGGGAAGGAUUUUCAACUCUCAGACAAGGAAUGGUGCACUGGAGUUUAUGAGUUGCUGUUUUAUUGAAACCAGUUCUUUGCUCUUUGUUGGUCAUAAUAAUCUAAUGUGGUAUUCAUACAGUCAUUAAGUGUAGAGGUUGCAGUAUCUCAGAUCUUGCUGAUAUGC